UCUGCCCGCCCUUGUCGUCCCCGGCUCCUCUCACCGCCCGAGCUCACCCCCUGGCUCCGCCCACACCGGGAGCGCACAUCUGGCUCCGCCCCCAUCCCAUUCUCGCUGGGCAGUUUUAGCCGGGCCUAAGCCUCAGGGCUCAGUUUGUCCUGAGCUUCUAGCUAUGGCGGCAAUGAUCUGGAGACCGGCGCGGUGCUGGUGUCCGAGUCUCCUGCAGGUCUUUAGGUUCCCAGUGGCUCAGGUGCACCUGGGCAGACCAACUAUGAGAGCCAGUCAGCAGGACUUUGAAAAUGCCAUGAACCAAGUGAAACUCUUGAAGGAGGACCCAGGAAACCAAGUGAAGCUAAAACUCUACGCGCUGUAUAAGCAGGCCACAGACGGACCCUGUAAUAUGCCUAAGCCAGGGGUGUUCGACCUAGUCAAUAAAGCCAAGUGGGAAGCAUGGAAUGCUCUUGGCAGCCUGCCAAAGGAAACUGCCAGGCAGAACUAUGUGGAUCUGGUGUCCAGUCUGAGUCCCUCAUCUGAAGCCUCUAGCCAGGGAAAGCAUGAAGCUGAUGAGAAAGUCCAGGAGUCUAAGGACAUUGUGGUGACCUCUGAAGAUGGCAUCACAAAGAUUGUGUUCAAUCGACCCACCAAAAAGAAUGCCAUAACUUUCCAGAUGUAUCAGGAUAUUAUACUUGCACUUAAGAAUGCAAGCACAGACAACUCAGCCAUAACUGCCUUCACAGGAACUGGCGACUACUACUGCAGCGGGAAUGACCUCACUAACUUCACUAGUGCCUCUGGCGGAAUAGAGGAGGCAGCUAGCAGGGGUGCUGUGGUACUGAGGGAAUUUGUAAACAGUUUUAUAGACUUUCCCAAGCCUCUGGUUGCAGUAGUAAAUGGCCCAGCUGUGGGAAUUGCUGUCACCCUUCUGGGACUGUUUGAUGCUGUCUAUGCAUCUGACAAGGCAACAUUUCAUACUCCAUUCAGCCACCUCGGCCAGAGCCCAGAAGCAUGCUCCUCCUACACUUUUCCAAAGAUAAUGGGCUCAGCAAAGGCAACUGAGAUGCUUCUCUUUGGGAAGAAGCUCUCAGCAAGAGAGGCUUGGGCUCAAGGCCUUGUCACUGAAGUUUUUCCGGAAAGCACCUUUGAGAACGAAGUCUGGACCAGGCUGAAAGCAUAUGCGAAGCUCCCGCCAAACUCCAUGAGAAUUUCCAAGGAGUUAAUCAGAAAAAAUGAGAAAGAAAGGCUCCAUGCCAUUAAUGCCGAAGAGUGCACUACCCUCCAAGCAAGGUGGCUGUCAGAGGAAUGCAUCAAUGCACUCAUGAACUUCAUGUCCAGAAAAGCAAAGCUGUGAAGACCACCACAGCAGUUAGACUUCUCAGAGGAAGGGUGUGCUGCACGUUCCGGUUUCUGGUAUUUGAAUGACACACACUGCACUGUGUCUUUUCCUUGACUAACAUGGCAAGUGUGAUGAGAAUGACACACAGCACUGACAAAUAAAAACUUUCAUAAGUCAAGCCUUAAGAACUGGGGUGGGAUUUCGGCAAUAGAAAGUCUUACAUUGCUUAACAUGAAUGGAUGCUGCCGUGAACCCCAGGGUAGUCUACAUGGGGAGCUGUUUUGAAAAACGUUUACAGCCUUUCAGGCUGAGAUCAUAUCUCUGACACCACGAUAGCAGUUUAUCAUCCACACAUAGUGGCUAAGUAAAUUGGGCCAAACAGCAACAGUCUUUAGAUCACCUACUUGAGGUAUUCUUUGAGUUGCAUUUUCUUUUCCAACCAUCUGGCAAAGGAGGAAAAUAAAUAAGAAUCCACUUCUCUUAGGGUUUCUAUUGCUGUGAAGAGACACCAUCACCACAGCAACUCUUAUAAAGGAAAACAUUUAGUUCGGGCUGGCUUAUAGUUCAGUGGUUUUGUCCUUUAUCAUCAUGGCAGGAAACAUGGUGGCAUGUAGGCAGACAUGGUGCUAGAGAAGGAGCUGAGAGUUCUAUAUCCAGAUCUGUAGGCAGCAGGAAGGGAGAGAGACAUAUGAAAACUCAAAGCCCUCCCCCAGUGACACACUUCCUCCAAUAAGGCCACACCUACUCCAACAAGGCCACACUUUCUAAUAAUGUUGCUUCCUGAUGACCUGGCAUUGAAAUCUAUGAGCCUAUGGGGGGUCUUUCUUUUUCAAACCACCACACCACAUCUUCCUCAAUACACACCUACACAAUUUACUCAAGAUGCAAGACAAGAACAAUAGGUCAUGUCAUUGGAAAAGCAAUGUUCCUCAUUGGCUUUACCAUCCUCAUUCUUUAGUGUGGUGUUUUGUAAAGCACCUAUAAGAUACCUAACCUUCUAACUUGACAUUUUGAUUAAUGCCAUCCAUGUCUUGAUAGACCUUUGAUGAGCUAGUUGAAGUCCAUAAAAUUGACAUAGAAUGUUGUGGGAUAUUUGAUCACACUGUGAACCCUGAGAUUGCAUUAUUUAAAUAAAAAUUAACUGUAGGCCAAGAGGCAGAGCAAGCAAUCAGUUGACUGGAAGUAACCAUGGAGAGUAAGGGGAAGUCGGGAGGUCAGAGAAAGAGAAGCACAGGAAGUAGAAGGGACGGACAUCCAGGUGGAGGAAUUUGGUUUCAGAUGGUGUAGGAGAGAGCCCUCUUUCUGAUACCAUGGCAGAGGAGAAAAGUCAGCCAACUUCUUUCUCUACCUCUCUGAGCUAGCAGGCUUUCACCCCAGCAUCUGACUCUUGAGUCUUUAUUGGUACAAGAAAAAGAUACUUAGUCAAAAACAGUAUUUGCCCCCCUAUGUGGAGUCAGCUGAGGCAGCAGUGGUGGACAUGAAGGCUCCCCUGGGCAGAGGCCUCAACAGCGAGGUGGCAGUGACUGCAGAGGCAUAGUCAGCAGCUGAAGCAGUGGUAGGUUCAGGUGCAGCCUCUCUACAGCAGAUAAAAAACAAUAGGAUAUUUUGCUUACUAAAAUAUUGCUACUUUUUUAUCUUUCUUUCAACAAUUAGGUUCCAGGUAGCUAUGUCAAAACCUGCAGAUACUUUAAGUCUCAGUUUUUUAUUCUGAUAAUCUUAGCCUGCAGUAUUCAGUUUUAUGAAAAUGUGAAGAGAAAUAACCAUUGAUGCUUAUUAACAAAUUACUGGUGCCUGAUGCCCAUCAUAUUUUAUCCCUUGGAAAUGAUGAAAUAAGAUGAGAUUGCUACUGCUGUUUCCACAGGCUGAGAUCCUAAGACGGUGAGAGUGGGGCCUUUCUAGAGUAAAAUGACUAUGAAGUACCAAAAAUUCAAUUAAGAAGCCAGGCAGAUUCAGAUAACACAACACCCCAGAAGCUAGCUACUGCCCAAACCUCUUAUUCCCUACAGCCCAAAAGCUCUGUAUAAAAUAUGGAAAGCAACUAUGUGAGAAUCCUUAAAUUAGGAGCGGAUAUGAGGGGCUGGAGAGAUGGCUGAGUGAUUAAGAGGCAUGGCUGCUCUUCCAGAGGAUCCAGGUUCAAUUCCCAGCAGUCAUGUGGCAGUUCACACCCAUCUGUAACUUCAGUUCUAGAGCAUCCAAGCAGGCACAUAUGCGGUGCACAGACGUUCAUUUGGGCUAAACAUUCACACACAUAAAAAAUGAAUCUUUUUUUCUUUUUUAAAGAAAGAACUCUCCUUAAUUCUGUGCUUGAACCUCAAGUCUCAGGUUUAUGAACAGGACAGAUGCACACAAAUAUAGCAAAGCCUUGGAAAAUCAAAGUGGUAUUGUCACUACCACUCACAGGAAAUCAAGAAUGAGCUUGUUGUCUGAAUCACACUAGGUUGGUGACUUGCUAAAACAGUCUUCCACAAAGACCCAAGGGCCAUACAAGGUUAUAGUCACAGUGCCCAAGACACUGUCUACACUCAUUUGGCUUAUAAAACUCAGACCAUUCUCCCUGAAAAGGACAAGGUGUGUCAAUCCUGAGAUUACCAGAGGUUGGAAUUGUCACACAGACCAAAGCAAUCUUUUUUUGUUUGUUUUUUUGUUUUUGUUUUUGUUUUUGUUGUUGUUGGUUUCUCGAGACAGGGUUUCUUUGUGUAGCUUUGCGCCUUUCCUGGAACUCACUCUGUAGCCCAGGCUGGCCUCGAACUCACAGGGAUCCGCCUGCCUCUGCCUCCCGAAUGUUGGGAUUAAAGGCAUGCGCCACCACCACCCAGCCAAAGCAGAUCUUUUAGCUGUCCUAAAUGGCCAGGAAAAAUCAUACUUGAUUACAUGUGAAAUUUCAGCUGAUUAAAAAUAAAGCCAGCUAGAAAAUUUCAAAUGAAAAAAUUUCUGAAGUAUAACUCCAAAUAAACACACACACACACACACUCAUUCCAUAAUAUAGUAGGUGUGAUGGCUCUUGUUUGUCAACUUACAUGUAUCUGGAAUUAACCAAAACUCCAGCGGCUGGAUGUAACUGUGAGAAAUUUUUCUUGAUUAGAUCAUUCAAGGUAAGACGACCCAUCCUAAAUCUGAGCCAUGCCUUCUGGAGGCAGCCUAUAGAAAGGACACAGAAGAAGAAAGCUCUUGCUCUUUGCCUGCUUGCCCUCUCUUACUGGCAAGUUCAUCCCUUCACUGAUAUUAGAGCCCCGUUCUUCCAGAUUCCAGUGUAUGCUGAAGACCAUCUGAGAUGCCCAGUCUUCUGGACCUAACAACUAUUGGAUUCUUGAACUUUCUGUCAGGAGACAGCCAUUGUUGAAAUAGUUGGACUACAACCUGUAAGCCACUCUAAUAUAAAGUGUGUAUGUAUAUAUAUACUUUCAUAUAUAUAUAUAUAUACUUUCAUAUAUAUAUAUAUAUACUUUCAUAUAUAUAUAUACUUUCAUAUAUAUAUAUACUUUCAUAUAUAUAUAUAUACUUUCAUAUAUAUAUAUAUACUUUCAUAUAUAUAUAUAUAUAUAUCUUAUUCUAGAGGAACAAAAACUCAUCAGUUUUGUUCCUCUAGAGAACCCCACUGAUACAGGAAUCUUCCAUAUGGCUUUCUCAAGCAUCUUUAGUGCUCUCCCCCGACCACUCCUGCUCUGCCCUCCCCUCCCCCACCACCCCAUUCCCUCUAAACCUUUUCUGUAUUCUUCCUCUAUCAUACAGUUUUGGGGGUUUUGAAAGUGAAGACCAAUUCCUUACAGGGCAUAUCUUUUAAAUUUUUGCACAGUUAAAUGGGCUUUAAUUUUAGUAGAAGUAGAGCACUAGAAGAAAAUUGCAAGCUUUCUUUUGGAGUGCAGUUAAAAUUUUCCCUAAAAACUGUAGAAUUACUGGCGGUUGUCACUAGGUGGCAGUAGAAGGACUAGGUGACUUCUGGCUGACUUGGAAGGCCUGGGGGAAGGAGCCGGUGGAAUCACUGAUUGUGUUUGCUAGUGGGGAUUACAGGGCGUCUCUUGGCUUCAACUACGUCAAAGCACCACGACAGGCAUUACUGUCCAAAUCAACUCUGAGUAGUGGAACUGAUUUUACAGCCCACUGCUAACUGAAUGUGUGGGCAGGAAUUGGUAUGAGGACAGAUAUCAGGGUAGUUGGAAGGCUGGUGGCUCCUGUGUGUUUUCUGCCCCUUGGGCAUUAAUUGGAAUUCACUUUUUUCUAUUCAGACUGAUGGGUAUGCCAAGCUCCUUGUCCCCAACUUUUAACUUGUGCCUGAAGAAGUCAUAUGAAAUCAUACAGUUGUUUGUGGCUCCUUAGAAAUCCACAGGGAAGUGAUACAAAAGCCCUCAUAGAUAACAAAAUGUGCUGACUCAAAUCCCUUAUAGAAAAUGGAACAGCUACCCAUAUUAUCCUAUGUACCUUAAAUAGUCCCUGCAUUGGCUAUAAUAUGUAAAACAGUGUGAAUGCCAUUGUAAAUACUCAGUAGACUGUAUUGGUUAGGGACUAAUAAACAGAAAAAUAUGUGCAUGUUUA